AUGGGCGGAGCAGCCUCGGAAGCACAGUUCCAUGUAUUAGCCGUUGAUGAUAGCCUCAUUGACAGAAAGUUGAUUGAGAGACUCCUCAAAACUUCUUCUUAUCGAGUUACUGUAGUGGAUUCUGGAGUAAAGGCUCUAGAAUUUCUUGGGUUGAUUGAAGAUGAUAGUAUUGAUUCAAACUCAAGAAAUCAUCAUGAAGUAGAAGUGAAUUUGAUUAUUACAGAUUACUGUAUGCCUGGAAUUACCGGUUAUGAUCUAUUGAUAAAGAUCAAGGAAUCGACAUCUCUAAAGGACGUCCCAGUUGUGAUAAUGUCAUCAGAAAACGUUCCAUCGAGGAUUAGCAGUUGCUUAGAGAAAGGAGCAGAAGACUUCUUUCUGAAGCCAGUUCAACAAUCUGAUGUUAAUAAGCUAAGACCCCACUUAUUGAGAGGAAAAGCUUGA